UUCAGUUUCGUCUGCCCUUUUCUUUCCAUUAUCAAUAUCAUUACUGAUUACCGAUUCGAUUCGUCCGGUUAUCAGGUUUUAGUAAUUCAGAAUUUAUUAAUAACUCGAUUUGUAAUAAUUAAAUUCACAGUUCAAAUAGUUUUCAGUGAUUUUUUAUAAAUUGUUACGUAAUGUACACCGUUUCCAAAGGUCCGAGUAAGAUUGUCCACAAAACCCGUCGAGGUAUAUCCCAAAACCUUGAUAGGUUAGAAAAUUCAAGAGAUUUCUCCAAAAAGUGGGUUGAAAGUCAGAGUGAGCCUUCCUCACCAGAUGAUUGGACGAUACGAAUCGAUAAACCAGUGUUCCACAAAAAAUCAAAUGGAAUGAGGGCACAACAAGAGGCAAUAAGCCCCCAACAUGAAGAGAUCAUUAAAUUCAUUCAUGAAUCAUGGAGUUCGGUUUGUAAGGAAUGUGAUAAGGAGAAUGGAGAAUCGUCACAAUCUGAACAAGUGAAUGGGGAAUCACAUAUGCCAAGUCCUUCAAUAGUAUACUACAAGGAGAAUGAACCCAACCAUCACCUUCAAGACUUCAAGCCUUUUGACCUGGAGUCUUGGUGGGGCAAGAGGUUGUUCAACACAAUCACCAAGUCCAUCCCCUGAGAGCAACACAGACUCGCUCAGUGAACACUCUACUGAACGAUUCUCCUUCCUAGUGAGUCUCAGCGAGGCUUAGCUCUGUAAAUACACUGUAUAUAUGUAAAGGGCUCUGGCCUCGAUAGUUCCUAGGCGUAGAUGUGAAUAUGUAAAUAGCCUAUUUUGUAAAUACCGGGGAUUCUUUGUUAUCUGUUCAUCGUUCUUUAAGACAUAAGGCAUUGUUAUUUUUCUUAAUCUUUCAUGAUUAUCUGAUGUCCUGUAGUCUCCAUUUUGAAAUGAAAUAUCUAAGUGUUUCCACUUCGGCACUUUGAGUGUUAUAUCCUAAAGGAAUCAGUCGGAGCUUAAUGCACCAGUAUUCUCAUUUGUUGUGUUUAGGUUACAUUACAAUACUGGUGGAUUGAGAUCUUACAGUACAUAAAAUGCCAAAGUGGAGUAGAUUUUCUAUGCCUAAAAUUGAGGGACAAAACUUAAAUCAUAUUUCUUUUUGGAGGGUGUUUGGUUAUUUGUGAAACUUUUCUAAAUAUAAAUCAGAUCAAAGGGUUGCCCAUUCAUUGCAUAUUUUUCUUCAACUCAACUUUCAACAACUUUGAGUUGUUGUGCAAUUUUUGCCUAUCUUGAUUGUUGCUUGUUCAAAUAGUUAAUUCUAUUUAGGUAAAAUAUAAAUCUCGUCAUCAUUAGUUUGUUAUUGUUAUGUCUUGGGUCAGUUGGAAAUCUUCGUUUUAUAAUUAUUAAUGUUGACUAAACAAUGUAUUUUAGUUGCAAAACUAUUGGUUCUGUUUCUAUAUCAAGAGUGGCUUUGAUUCAGAAGUUACACUGUGAUCAAAUUCACUGUAACUUAUUCUCAAUUCACAACUAUUUUGCUGUGGUAAAAAAUCUAAUAUUUUUACUCUUGGACCAAUUUUUUAAUUUAAAAAAUAUUAUAACUAAUGACCAGUCAUAUUGACUGAGAUAAAAUUUCUUGUUUUCAAUACAUGAUACGAAGACCAAGUCUGACCUGACCUCUGAUUGUUAUUAAAUGUGUAUUUACUAUGCAUAAUGGUUGUUAAAUGUUAUUGUUAGUUUUGUUAAAUCCAUUUACAAUUUAACUCUAGUUUAAGUUAAACUUAUGUUAAUUGAUAGUAUUUACAAGAAACUAUUUCCUUUUAAUGUGACAUUUAUGGUGAUAGAUAAAAGGCCUACAUAGAGACCAUACUAUAUGUUUUUAUGUAAAACAUAAUUUAAUUAACUCAGAAAACACAUUACAGUAUGGUAAUAAUUGUUUUACAAUCUUUUCUAUAAGUUAUCUAGCAAUUUCUUUAACGCCAAUACAACCUUUUUUAAAGGCUAAAUAAAGUUUUUGUACCUACAACGUUUUACACGGCUGAAUAUUUUUUUCAGUCUUGUGUGGGAAACUAAACCUAUUAGGUUAUAGUACAACAUCCUAGUUGUAUAUGCUAUUAACUAAUUUUAGUAAUUGGUUUGUUUUUCUCCUGUAUCUAAACCCAAACAAAUCAGAACGGUAAAUUGGAUAUCACACUAGAACUGCCUAGGCCUAAACGGUGUUUAGAGGCCAGCUUGUUAGUACAAACAUACUUUUAUGUUAUUUUUUAUGACUGUGAAAGUGGGACUAACAAUCUUGUUUUAAAUUACAUGGUGUUUGAGAUAACAAUUUAAUUGUAAAACUUAUUGAAGAAUGGUUAGAAACUAUCAUAGCCAAGUAUUUGUCAAAGGUGUGCUGGAUUAGGUUUCUGGUAUUCUGUAAGUAUAUAGGGUUUUUUGGGGGUGGAUGUGCGAGUUAUGAUUUUGGGUGCCAUGGAUCGGAGUUUUACCAAGUUAAGUGAUUCCAAUUACAGUAGUCGAGAAAUAGUGUUGAUAAUUAUAAGUGUCGUUAUCCAAUUUUGUAAUAAGACUUGCCAAGUUAAGUCAUAGUUCUGUUAUGAUUUUGUAACUAGUUGUAAGAGGUGCCCGUUUAUAUUACGUUGCGGAGCGCGCCGUAGACUGAAUGGCCUGUCGACGUGGCGGGCUGUAGUAGUAUAACCGGACGAGACAGUUUAGUCUUGUCCAUUCGUAGUCGAUCCUCCAAAACGCCUUGUACGCAAGAGCCAGUUUUGGUGUAGUCUUUCGUAGUUGAUUUAUGCAUGCUAAAAUGCUUUAGUUACAAGAAAUAUUAAUUUACAAUUGUGAUCAGACUUCCAAAGUUGUACUGCAGAUUACUGCUUGUCUCCAAAGAAACAUUUUCAAUAUUUUUUGCGACGUUAUAAAGAAUAAUUAUGUUAUCAGGUUUUUGCUCUUUACUGUUGAUUUUUAAUGCUAGUCUAUUAUUGUUGUAAUUGCCAUAACUUUAUGAAAUGACUUGUUAAUUUUGAAUAAGGUAGGACUCUUUUUAAGGUAUUUUUAAGGUACUGCAGAAAAUCUGUGCAAAUUGAAAUACAAGCACAAUAAAUACACAAACCCAUAUUACUCAAGGUAUUAAAUCUUGGAUUUUAAUCAUUUCUCUACCUUUAAGCGUAAGAAGUAAAUAUAUUUGUGCGAUAAAAAAUAUUUAUUUCUUUAAAAAAUUCUGUUAAAACAUUGUUAACAACACCUACUUUUUUGUUAUUAAAAGUUGAAUGGCUACCUCAAAGUUUUUAUUUCAGUCACUGUUUAAUCCAACAUAUUAAGCAACCCUAUCUAAAACUAUAUUAUGGCAAUGGUUUUAUUUUUGUAUAGAUCAAAGUAAAAUACAUUGGAACCUCAAUCAAAUAGCAAUUAUUUUAAAUACCCUUGAUUUUAUAUUACCCUUAAUUGCAUGUUAAUCGCUAACUUCAAUAAGAAGUAAAUCUUGAUUACAAGUCUAGUGUUAUUUGAUCAUUAAUCCCCUUGAAAGAUUUGUUGUCAAGGUUAUACUGUAUACUUGAUAUGUUUAAUACAAAAACCAAAGCAUUAUCUGUUACCAAUGAAAAAGGGUAUUCCAUUAUUUUUGUGUAGUUGGAAAUACAUAGCUGCAAA